GCCUUUGAUCACUGCGACAGUCAAGUUUUUAAUCCGAUUCGGUUUUAAAAUCCUUCCUUCCUUCCUUUUCCUUUAAUCUUUUCACUUUUUACUCCAUAUUAUUACCAUUAUUAUUAUUAUUAUUAUUUUAUUGUGGCCUUAUUUAAUCUAGUCAUUCGAUUUAAGUGUAACCUAUAAAUCAGAGCGCAGAAGAAUAUGUUAACUUUGACACAUUUGAAAAUUUAGUCUUUUUUUUUCUCUCUCAUCGAGAGGAAAGUAAAGAAAAAACAAAGGAAGAAAUGUACAGUUUACCUUCUCGUUUCGUUGAAAAACCACAUUAAUUUCGUUCUACUACAUGUGUCACAGUCUUCAACAUUCCCUCCGCAUCUUGAAUUUCAAAGCCCCCUUGCUGAAUGCAGUCGCUUCAAGUCGAUGUCCGUCGCUACUUGAUUCUAGUCAAGUCAUUUUGCCCUCGAGUCACUCCCAACACGGAACUCCACAGUGCACAUCUAGUCAUUAGUUCGUAAGGUAGAUAAGUUAGUUACGGUUUUACAUUCGCCCGGUGAAUACACUUAUACUUUCUUUCCUUCCCUCAACUACUGCACUCGUCCGUACCAUUAAGUUUUAAGCUAAGUUAGUUUAAUGAUUCUCUAGUUAAGGUGUUUUCUUGCCGUUAGUGUCUCCUUUGUCGCGGUGUGUUGGUGCGCGGUGAAGAGAAGAGAGAGUGAGAGAACAAAGUAGUCUAUAUUGCACGCUAACAAUCAAAACAUAGCCAUAUCAUUAGGUUAAGUACACCAGUUAGACACCAAUUAGGGAUUCAGGGCAUUAAGUUUCUUUUAUACGUAUUUUAUCAUUUAGACCGUUAUGAGGCUCCGUGUGUAAGGAAUUGACAGCUACAUAUAUACGACUGAGUGCCUUGUACUUGUAUCUAGUCAAUAUGAAGUACCAUCUAGUCAGGUGUGCGUGGUGGGGACAGGUGUGAAGGGAGGAGGGGCCCGAGAGAUGAGUUUAGCUUAUAAUGAGUUGCCUAAGUAUUGUAUUCUAGUCAAAAAGGAGAAUCAGGUUUACUUUUUACGGCUUCAGCAUUUAGUUGCGGCGAACAAUCAACAUAUUAAUAAUUCUUCUUGUCAGGUUAAAUAAUAGGGUGUGUUUCUUUCUUUCCUUCUUCCUUGGUGGCUUAAAACAACGCAUGGGAUUUGUAAUUAAGGACACGAGAGUUGUUUCAAGCACCGUCUUCUUGUAUUAUGCUGUUCCCAUGAGAUAUUUUAAGCUUACAAGAGACAAGGAGAGAAAAAUUAAUAAUCUAGUCACUCCAAAUCUAGUCAUACGCAUUUCUAGUCUAGUAUAAGCAGUCUGGUCAUCUUAGAUUUUUACGUAACUAUUAUUUCUCUUUUAUGUAGUCAAGUCAUUUGGUCUAGUCAUGUUUGGUCUAGUCAGUCAUUUGAAUCUAGUCAGUUUAUGGUGUAAAAUUGUCAAAAGGCCGUCUAGUCAGUCAUUUUCGUCUAGUCAGUGACGCGUAAGGUUUGUCAGAAGGGCGUCUAGUCAAUGUAUAGUCAAAAGAUCGUCUAGUCAAUCAAGGGGGUCUAGUCAAUAUAGUGUAAGGUUUAUCAAAGGAAUAUCUAGUCAAUCAUUACGUCUAGUCAGUACAGUGUAGGAUUAAUAAGAAGGGCGUCUAGUCAAUCAGUUGGUCUAGUCAAUAUAGUGUAAGGUUAUCAAAGGAGCAUCUAGUCAAUCAUAACGUCUAGUCAGUUUGUAGUAUAAGGUUCAUCAUCAAAGGGUCUAGUCAAUGUAGCAAUAAGGUUUGUCAAAAGUACAUCUAGUCAGUAUGAGAUAAGAUCUGUCGAACUGGCGUCUAGUCAUUAUGGUUAAGGCAGGUUAAGCAAAAUUCAAGUCUAGUCAAGCGUAAAUUAAGCAACAUGAACUAGUCUAGUCAAGCAUAAAUUCUAGUCAAUUACGAAUAUUUCCAGUCAUUAAUCAUACGUAUGAGUCUAGUCAGUCGGAGUAUUCUCAUAAGUUACCAACAAAAUCUAGUCAGGUAUAUUAUAAAAGGAGGUCAUGCUUGAAUAUCUAGUCAGAAGGACAUUCUAGUCAUGCCAUCAUAUAGUCUAGUCAUCAGUUCUAAUCAGUAAAAGAUCUAGUCAUUCUGUUUGUAAGGAGAGUGUAUAGGAGCGAGGAUCUAAUUGCUAAUACCUGGAGAUUUAGUUACGUUGGCUACUUAUCUAGUCAAACACUACUGAGUAACACGUAAUGAGGCUCUCUCUCUCUCUCUCUCUCUCUCUCUCUCUCUCUCUCUCUCUCUCUCUCUCUCUCUCUCUGGUCCGCCAACACACCGAAGGAGGCUAAAUUUAUGGCUCAUUAAUUACUUUUGGUCUCAUAGAGUUAGUCCUUUCCUUUUUUUUUGAGCGACGUAAUCCUAACAAUCACCGCGUUUUGUGAGCAUUUUUGGCACUUAUUUUGAUGUUACCUUAUAAGUUAGUGUACGUAGGUGUGUGUGUGUGUGUGUGUGUGUGUGUGUGUGACAAUCGUAAUACUGUCAGUCAGCUCUCUUUUAUGAAUUAAGCGAGACAAUCAGUAGGAUCUUACAUGGCUGUGUAUAUACAAGUCUAAGCUAUAUGAGGCUGAAAUAGUCUGAAGUGUGUGUGUGUGUGUGUGUGUGUGUGUGUGUGUGUGUGUGUGUGUGUGUGUGUGUGUGUGCGUGUGUGUGCGUGUGUGUGUACAAGUAUGCACCUACAACUCAUCCCUCCUCCCCCCAAUCAGCCAGUGACUGGGGGAGGGAGAGGGCUCUUCACAGGCAGCUGAAAAUUAAGGUCUACCUCCCUGACCCUCCCUGACACCCUCCGCCUACCCACCCCUCCUCCAGUCCUCCCUCCGUCCCCUUCCCCAUUUUUCCCUACACUUCAAAUCUGAACCGCCUUUCAUUUCCGGGCGUCCACUUGAAAAAUCUUCCAGUACCCAUUCCUUGGUGCCAGCGACCCCCUCCUCCCGCUGGCUAGUUCCUUGGGUGGGCGAGGCCUCCGUGAAGGCAGUGGGAAGCGAGACUCAGGAGUCUGUGGGUCAUCGACAUAGGCAGCAAAGUAACAGUAAAGGAGAAUGACUUCCUUGGCUCUAUAGGGACUACCUGUAUGCCAGUAUUAAGGUUAUAUUGUCUUCAAAAUGACUCCAGUAAUUUAUAAGUUAACUUUUAAGGUUGUACUCGUGUAGCAGCGCACUGCGCAUUUCUUAAGCACUUGAUGUAGAGUUUCUGCGUAGCAGUAAUGAGGACUGAACUAAUUUCUGAUCAACAGUUGUAUACGAUUACUUAAGGUUGUAAUCCACCUCCUAGUGGCGGUGGGUGACUCGUGAGAGCUGGAGAAAGAUCUGAGACUUGUACCCUUUUGGAUCUCAAUGGCAGCUUUUUUCUGAUCUUUGUCCUGUUGUAAGUCUGACCUUCAGGGAGUUUUCCCGGCUUGGUUCAUGCCUCGCGCGUGCAUGUGGCCCUGAAGGCUCCCCGAACAGUCACUCAGGAUUGUAUUAUUUGACUUCUACUGUCUUGUCUGAAGCUGUGUAUUAUUUUGUAGUGAUUUGUAGUCAUCUUAGUCUUGUGUAGCGUUAAGGUGUGUAGCAUCUUCACCAUGUGUCCUCAACGAGUGUGUUUUCUUCUUGAGCUUUUUGCUACGUUAAGGUCCGGUUUCAGUGUAACUUGCGAGGUGACAGUGACCAUAUCAACAUGUAACACCCGACAGGCCUCUAUGUUUAGUCUGACAUCCUUUGCCCGAGAGAGCCGUGCUUGUGCCCCUCGUGCACGGGCGAGGGACGAGGCCACCACCGUCCCCGGCGGGGCGCCAGCGCCUGGAGGCUGUUGCCGAGGCGCUGUACAUAGCUGGCUGUUCUGUACCAUAUCAUUCGUAUUGUACAUUUGGACUGUUAGUGUAAGCCUUCCUGUAAUGUCAGAUUUGAUGCCACAAUGUUUAGAUUCUGUUUCCAUUUCUUUUUUUUCAAAAUUGUAAUAAAUUAUUUGUGUGAA